AUGUCAUCCACCCAAAAGAAUGACCCCCUUUUUAAACGCAUUUGCAUUGUUGGUGCUGGAUCCAUGGGCAGCAUGAUGACCCUGGGGAUCUCAGAACUCGGCAUUGACGUAUCCAUAUGGGACAUCUCGCCCGAUAACGUGAAGCAGGCCCUCUCCAACACACCCGAAGGUGCGAAGCAGAGCGGCAAAAUCGACGAAUUCAAUGACAUUGCCGAAUUCUGCAACAGUUUGUCGAAUCAAGAAACUAAAGUGUUACUUUUCUCCAUCACGCAUGGAAACCCAGCAGAUCAGGUGUUGGAGAAGCUGCAAGAUCAUUUGAAGGAGGGCUACAUUAUUCUUGAUGGCGGAAACGAGCAUUAUCGCAAUACGGAGCGUCGACAGGAGGCACUCGCCAAAUGGGGUGUGGCCUGGAUCGGGAUGGGUGUCUCUGGCGGAUAUCAGUCCGCCAGGAGAGGUCCGAGCUUGUCACCCGGUGGCGACAAGCAAGCCGUUCAAAAGGUUCUGCCUCUGCUGGAGAGGUUUGCCGCAAAGGCACAAUCGCCAGAAGACACGAAAGAGUCUCCUUGCACGGCCUACAUUGGUCCGAAAGGCUCAGGCCAUUAUGUCAAGAUGGUGCAAGGAUCGAGAAUGGAAUGCUAUCCACUCUUUGCGAAGCCUGGGGCAUCAUGA